AGUCUCUCUUUUCUUAUAUACAAACAUUAGCCAGUAGCCAUCCCCACUUUGAUACUGGAAAUUUCAGGGUACUGAAUUUAACAACAAUACUAGAAGCUUGAGACAAUGAGAUUUUUUGUCUCCGCUUUCUUCUUCCUUGUGUUGCUUACUUAUACAGCUGCAUAUGAUCCCUUGGAUCCAAAUGGGAACGUUACAAUUAAAUGGGAUAUCAUGUCUUGGACCCCAGAUGGCUAUGUGGCGGUUGUAACAUUGAACAAUUUCCAAAUGUACCGCCACAUAAUGAGUCCAGGUUGGACCUUAGGAUGGACAUGGGCUAAGAAGGAAGUGAUAUGGUCCAUGGUAGGGGCUCAAGCCACUGAACAAGGAGACUGUUCCAAAUUCAAAGGUGACAUACCUCAUUGCUGCAAGAAAAUUCCAACAGUUGUAGAUCUGCUCCCUGGUGUCCCUUACAACCAGCAAUUCACAAAUUGCUGCAAAGGUGGUGUGGUGGCAGCAUGGGGUCAAGAUCCAACUGCUGCUGUCUCAGCCUUCCAAUUGAGUGUUGGGCUAGCGGGUACUUCAAACAAGACAGUGAAACUUCCCAAGAACUUCACCUUGUUAGGUCCAGGGCCAGGGUACACCUGUGGCCCUGCCAAGGUUGUGCCUUCCACCGCUUUCCUCACACCAGACCACCGCCGCAAGACUCAGGCACUGAUGACAUGGAACGUGACCUGCACUUAUUCCCAGUUUCUUGCCAGGAAAAACCCAAGUUGUUGUGUUUCUUUCUCAUCCUUCUACAAUGACACAAUCACUCCUUGCCCCUCUUGUGCUUGUGGUUGCCAGAACAAGAACAAGUGUGUCAAGAGCGACUCUAAAAUUCUUCAAAUGAAGGGAAUAAACACUCCGAAGAAAGACAACACACCACUGUUGCAAUGCACACACCACAUGUGCCCUGUCCGGGUGCACUGGCAUGUGAAGCAAAACUAUAAGGACUAUUGGCGUGUGAAGCUUGCUGUUACAAACUUCAACUAUCGGAUGAACUACACGCUUUGGAGUCUAGUUGUUCAGCAUCCAAAUCUCAACAAUGUGACACAAGUUUUCAGCUUUGAUUACAAACCUCUUGUUCCCUACGAAUCUAUAAAUGACACAGGUAUGUUCUACGGCAUGAAAUACUAUAAUGACUUACUCAUGGAAGCUGGACCAUUUGGUAACAUUCAGUCAGAGGUGCUUCUUCAAAAGGACAAGAACACUUUCACCUUCAAGCAAGGAUGGGCAUUUCCUCGCAAAGUUUACUUCAAUGGUGAUGAAUGCAUGCUGCCCCCACCCGAUACAUACCCACAUCUGCCUAAUUCUGCCCCUAAAAGCCUACUUGCCUUAUCAACAUUGAUUUCUUCAUUGAUUUUCUUGUUGAUAUCUAUCUGGUGAUGAGCUUCUUGGACUCAAGAAAUGUUAUGGAAAAUUUUGAAGCUUAAGUUACUUUGACACAGAUAAAAGAGAGAAAUGGUAUAACAAUUCAAUAUUCUUUUGAAAGAGCCAAACUUGACUUAUGGAGAUGGAAUUGUAUUCUAUGAUACAUGAGCUUGUGAAUAGAGAAAUCUAUUUGUGUUUUGAUUCCUAA